AUGUCCGUUAGGGAGACCUUCGAACACACCUUCAACCAUUCCUGGGAGGAUUGCGCCAUCGCCAGCUGGAAGAAGUGGCCGAAUCCUCGUCGCCCCGACGUACUGUGCGUAGACAUCAUCAACAAGGAAUUCGAUGAAGCGACGGGCGUGCUCAAGGCCACGCGAUUGAUGAUGCUCAAGAGCUGGGUCCCCUCGUGGAUGCCUCUUGCCGGGAACAACGUUUGCUUCUUCCUCGAGGAAUCGAUCACGGAUCCGAAGAACAAGAGACUGAUACUGAAGGGCAAGAAUCUCACCUUCCAAAAUCUCGCUGAGAUGGAGGAGACCUGCAUCUACACCGAAGACGAGAACGGCACCUUCUUCGAACAGGAGGGCGCCGUCACCGCCUACACCUUCGGUCUUGCCAGACGCAUGGAAAAGUUUUGCCUCGACAGAUUCCGCAAUGCAGCCAUCCAGGGACGAGACAUAAUGGAGCAGACCAUCCGACGGAUUAAGGAGGAAGGCUUCCCCAUGGGCAUCACGAUGAACCUCGAGAAGCCGCCCAUGCUGACAUCCCAGAUGCGCACUUGA